UUCCACCAGCAUCAAAGUUUUACCGCGACAUUUUCGCGCGGAAAGCCGGGCGUUAUCGAGCCGUGAAAAGCUGAAAUAAUAUGUGUAUAUUUAGAAAAUACCUAUAGUGAAGCGAUUUUACCUGUCUUUAAUGUCCAUUGUAUAACGUGUGAUAAAAAUAAUAUAUAAAUCAUCUGUAAAUGCGAUUAAAAUCGCACCUUCAUAUCUAGUGAACAAGAACAUUUUCGUUUUGUGAAUCUUGAAUCGAUUGUGAAUGAUCAGACAUUGGAGGUAGGGUGGCAGUAGUUUCCCUGCGUCUACAAUGGCUCAAAAUGGUUCUUCCAAUGAUGACACUGAAAGACGUAUGAACCUUAAAAGGAAAAGAAAUUCAACUGACGAUGAGGUGGAGAAUAUGCCACCUGUGAAGGUACCGUCUUCAGUGGAGGACCAUUUGGUAGAACAACCAGCCCACAAUGUAGUGGUAGAGUCGUCCUGUUCAAGCGAUGAUGAGGGCUCCCAAUAUGGAGCCAUAGAACAGCCACAAAGUGUUUUUACUGACAUAGAUUAUAACCCUGAUAGUUUCCUAAGCCCACCGAGUAUACCUGAAUUGCCUAAUUGUGUAUUGAGCCCCUUAGAAAAUGUGGCUAGAGGCGAGUCCACUCCUCACUCUAAUAAAAGACCUAGCACCAGCAAAACAGAAUGCCCGUCUCUGCCCAAGCGGAAGUGCCCCCUCCCCGUGUUGUCGUGGGCGAACCCGCAGGAGGUCUGGAACGGCAUGUGCGAGUGCGACGCGCGCUCCAGCAACAACAAGAACGCCAACAUGUUCGACAAACAUCCCAAACUCCAGAUCCGCAUGAGAGCUAUCUUACUGGACUGGCUUAAUGAGGUAUGCGAGGUGUACAAACUGCACAGAGAGACAUUUCACCUGACAGUAGACUACAUAGACCGGUACCUCACCAACACAGAAGACGUGCCCAAGGGCCGGCUACAACUCAUAGGUAUAACAUGCUUAUUCAUAGCAGCAAAAGUAGAAGAAGUAUACCCACCGAAAAUAGGAGAAUUCGCGUACGUCACAGACGGCGCGUGCACGACCGAAGAGAUCCUUCUAGAAGAGCUGCUUAUCCUCAAAAUAUUGUCCUGGAGCAUCACACCGAUCACUAUUAACAGCUGGUUGAAUAUAUACAUGCAGUUGGCAAGCGAAGGCAGAAGUGCGAAAAGAAGGCUUAUAGGGGAAAGUGAUUUGGGAGCGAACGCGUUGAGAAGUUACACGUUCGUGUUUCCGCAGUAUUCGUCGCUGGAGUUUGUGAUUUGUGGACAGUUGAUAGACUUGGCAGUGUUGCAUGUGGAAGUUAAUAUGUUCCCGUAUAGUGUUGUCGCGGCCGCCGCUAUGGCGCACUCGUUCAAUAAGGACCUCGCGGUUAGGGUGUCAGGCUACAGCUGGGAGUCGCUGGGCGCGUGCUACAGCUGGCUGGCGCCGUUCGUGCGCGCCGUGCGCGCUGCGGGCGCCGUCAGCGUAGUGCGGGGCGCGCACGGGGAGUUCCUGCAGAAGGCGGCCGGCCUCGACCUCAUCUGCCCCGACCUCAACGUGGACGAGAGCCACAGGAUACAGUCGCACAACGUCUGUCUGGACAUGUUUGACCAAGUGUACCAGCAGAUGCUAGAGCAGUCAUCCUCGGCGUCGCCAGAGGGCGCGGAGGGCGCUAGCGGGUCGCAGUCGCACGUGUUCCCGCCCACGCCGCCGCAGUCGGACCAGAAGAGCCCCAAGACCCCCGCCACCAAGACGCCCUCCACCAGGCAUCCAGCGACUGACGUCAUACCUCAGGAAUGAUCCAAGGUAUUUGUUAUAUUGUUGGUAGCUGUUUUACUCGUUGUAUGCCUGCGAGGGACCGUUUUAGGAAGCUCCGUUAAGUUUUUUAUUAACGUUAUUAUGAGAAGUUUAAACUGUAAAUGUGAAUAGCAAUUUUUAAUUCAGAUAGUUUCGAUCUUUAUGUAAGAACUCAGGAUAAUAAACUUUGAUAAAAAUUUAGCACAAUUCACACAUGACUACUUACGUCGUUAUCCUAGAUGGCAAUAUAUGUUUCCGUAAAAACCCUCUGAGUAAUUACAAAUGUACCUAUAGCAAAGAUGACGUUAUAAAGUAACAAAUUAGUACUGUCUACAAUGAAACUAAGACAAUACUUUGAAGACAAUAAUAGUGACAAUACGUGUCGUUCCAUGACAAAAAGUACAUUAUGGAGCGAAGUCGCAUAAGACGUUUUACUUGCUCAUUUUAUAGAUGCGCAUCGUAACAUCGUGAUAGUUCACGAUUGCCCUCCAUAAGGUACCUCUUCUCGUUACAUUAACUCCUAUGAUAUUCAGGGUAUCAGGGUUAGUGGUAAGUCAAAAUGUCAGUUAACCUGAAAAGGUUGUUCCUACGAAAUGUCUCUAGCGCCAGAUAUAUAAUUUCAUGCCAAGUGCGCAUACGUUGCAUGUACACUUGCAUGCAUACAAAAUAUUUAGACUUAUAAGGACAUUGAUUAAUUAAAUAGUUAAAUGAUAAGACGAGCUUAAGUGGUAUGUAAGUUGACUGGCCAUCUUAUUAAUAAAUAUAAUCAAACACUUUGUAACAAUUUUUGUCAACAUGUGUUUGUAAUAUAUUUUAUGAAUAAGACGACCAAUUCAAAAAUAAAAUGUUUAACUUCAUUCACAGUAACUGCAGUUUCAUGUAUAUUGAUACCUCUCCCUCUGCAUUGACUGAUGGAAUGCAAUUCUUUUGCCACAUCCAGAUGUAGAAAAUAACAUUUUUCAACUAACCCUGAUAUAUUCUAUAGACUUUGCUUCAAUUUGAAGCUAAGAAAAGUUCUUAUAAAGUACAUACAUAAUAAUACAUAUAUAUUAUCAAGCGAUAUAUAGUUAUUAAUCUAAGUUGUUAUUAAGUUAUAUCACAAUUUGUCUUAUAUCCAUAAAUUCCCUUGCUCAGGGGAUUUGUAGUUUGUCCAGAAUGGGGAAAAUUUGGAAUAAAAAUCGAGGAAAACUAUGCUCGCCAAACGAAUGGAUGUGUCAAAACACCAUCUUUGUUUGUCCUAAUUUAGAUAUUGUGUAUCGAAUGAUCAGUCUAGAAUAGCUUGAUAAAUCUGAAUGACUAAACAUUUUGAAAUAACGAUUUGGAGUUUAUAAGCGACUUACCCACUAAUCAUACUGACUGGCGCUUCGCAUGGAACUCACGUAUUUGUUAGGCGGGGUCCACAGUCACGUUAUCGCGCCCAACUAUUUCUUCUUAGCAAACAAUAAUUCUAAAAAGAAAUUGCCUUUCAGACGUUCAAACACGUGACUAUGAAACCUGCCUUAUGGUUAUUCUAGACUGUGUCAAAUUUGGUCACUAUUUAGUUAUUCAUAUGCAUAACGGGAUAUAAAACUUGGAACUAUUGUUAGGAAGUUUUGAGGGAUAGUCACACGAAGUCUUCGUUCCUACAUAUUUUAAGUUAAAAUGUGAAUUAAAUAUAAUGAAUAAACUAAGCAUGACACUGCAUUGGCCGUCGGCCUCAACGAUGUGAUGAACAUUCCAAGCUCGUUGUUAUUACACUUUCGUAACUGGCAACGUUAGUAUGUUUUUAUUUCAAUUUAACUGUUUCCUAUGGCUUGCUUAAUAUCAAUAUUUAGAUAUUUUUUUUAUUGUUUUUACCAUCUUUAUAAUAAUUUAGUGAGUUUGCAUUGCAAUAUAAUCGUUUUCAAUCAAUAUUUUGUAUUGAAUUAAUUAUCUACGUCACAGAAAUGAAAGAUGUGUGAAAUUUGUAAAAAUAAUAACGUUAAGCUUUUAGUUAGUGCUGGUGUAGUUCAAUAUACCGUCGCGUUUGCGCACUUAAUGAAUCAAUUAAACAUGGAUCGUACUGAAAUCGAAUGUGAAACUAUUUUUCGUACUCUCAUUACUAAUUAGUUAUUUUUCUCUAUUUAUAAGCUUAGUUCUUGAUUUUCUCUAAAUUAAUUUUGUAAAUAUGAUUGUAAAUCUGUAAUUUAUUGCCUGAAUAAUGAACAAAUUGUUCAUUGAGACUGAAUCGCGGAUAUCUUCCGCCAUGCUAUGAAAAAAUUAUAUAAUAUGUAUGUUUUAGUUGCAUUUUUACAUGAAAAUUUUGAGAAGCAUAGUAGACCAAAGACUAUGUCCUAAAUCCAAAAAAAAUAUAAAAAUAUGAUCACAUGCUUGACAGACGAUGUUGAUCUUAAUGUAAGAUCUUAUCUAAAAAUAUCAAAAUGUCUAUUUUUUUUUUUGAGAUACAUGAUACACUAUUCUGUGAAUCAUAAGACUUAAACGAAAAUCAGCCUUAUUUCUCUAACCUAGCUAUCUAUCUUAGCUAAUUUAGCAAUUUUGUCAAAAAUGCCAAAUGGCAGAUUUUCGAUAUGAGAUAAUAUUUUCAAAUUUGUCUCUAAUUUGUAAUUUCAUGUUUUUUUAAAUAUUUUUUCCUUAUUGCUAUACUAUUCUGAUCAAAUGACUUUUCUAAUAAAUUAUUUUUUAUUUCAUUAGAACUCUGCAAUGGUUAAACAUGUCUAUAUAACGAGCAAUAAGUGGAAAUUCAGGCUUUCAUUCCAUCCCUACAUUAUUUAAGACAAAGUAUACUAAACACAACGACCCAACAUAGCCAAAUAAACUAUUAUUUCAUUCAACAUCCCGGCCUAUCUCAUACAAAGAGGCGAUAUGGCGUCGCCUCGCUUUUUGUACCUACACAAUGAGCGACAGAAGAUAUCUGUACUCUGUCCAGUUUCUUCUCAUGUAUGUUUAUUAAGCGUUCUCUUGUAUGAGCGAAACGAUGUCUAUAGUUCUCUCUCUCUACAUUAUGUAGUUUCUGACCGAAGGUGUAUUUUUGGCGAUAUCGGUUCUGGAUCAAAUACGAAGUUUACUUUUAAAAUGUGUGAAUGGAUAUAUCGAGAUAUAGGAUACAUGUUUAGCAAAUCGCCUUUUACCACUUGUUAUCACCCAAUUCAUGAAAUUAUUUAUGUAAACCAAUUUUAAUAUCAACCGAUCAUUUUUAAUGUUCUUAUAUAGCCUGAUUCAAUAAAUUUCAAAGUUAUUUUAUCUAUUAUCAUUUAUCAAAUGAUGAUAAAUGUGAUACCGGUUUUGAAGAUGCAUUUUAGUAAAACAAUGUCUAAUUAACUUAAUUAACUUGACCCAAUCUCGUCAAAUAAUUUAAAAUGACAUCUUUGAAACUUGUAUCAGCCAAAUCUGUUUGUACUUUGUAAUGCAAGUGAUCGAUAAGAUUAAAUCGGAGUAUUGUUUUCAUUUAGAUAAAAGAUUGUAGGGUAAGCUAACAUUGGAAAACAUUACGCUUAUGGUGAUCGUUCGCCUUAUUUAAGACUUAAUUUCUGUAAAAUAUAAUAUAAUAAUUUUCAUAACAGAUAAUAAAUAUAGGUCAUUAUAAAAUAGGUUAUUUUUAUAUAAAAUGUAUUGAGAACUAAUAUAAAAACUUAAUUAUUAGUCUUUUGUCAAAAUAUAUAUUCCAAGAAUUGUGGUUUGUGAGUGAUCUCAAAUACAAGUACAUACAGAAUCAAAGAAUAGAUUCAAAUUUCGGAUGUCGUCACUUGUGCAAUAUAAAAUGCAUUGUACACUUUUGUACCUAUUACUGUUUUUGAGCAGAGGUAUUGAAUAAAUUGUGUCGAUGAAA